CGGCGCGUCAGCCAAUGGCGCGGCGGGUGAGAGUUGAGGGGUGGAAGGUGCCGGCUCGCCGGGGCUGCAGGUUGCUCCCGGCGCGUGGACAGCCGGCUGCGUGGGCAACAUGGAGGCGAUCGUGAGCGAGGAGCUGGAUGAGGAGGAGCAGCUGGUGAGGAGGCACCGGAAGGAGAAGAAGGAGUUGCAAGCCAGAAUUCAGGGUAUGAAGAACGCCGUUCCCAAGAAUGACAAAAAGAGGAGGAAGCAGCUCACUGAAGAUGUUGCCAAGCUGGAAGCAGAGAUGGAGCAGAAGCAUAAGGAGGAGCUGGAGCAAUUGAAGAUGGCAUCUAAGGAGAAGGAGAGUAAGGAAGAUUCCGUUGCUGUUGACAUUUCAAACUUGGUUCUUGAGAAUCAUGCUCCUCGGAUAUCUAAAGCACAGAAGAGACGGGACAAAAAAGCUGCCUUGCAGAAGGAACGGGAAGAGAGAAUAGCAGAAGCUGAAAUUGAAAACUUAACUGGAGCCAGACACAUCGAAAGUGAGAAGCUUGCAGAAAUACUAGCUUCUAGACAAUUGGAGAUCAAACAGAUUCAGUCUGACGGUCACUGUAUGUAUCGAGCGAUUGAAGAUCAGCUGAAAGAACAAGAGUGCCCACUGACUGUGGCCGCCUUGCGAAGCCAGACUGCAGAGUACAUGCAGAGCCACGCGCAGGACUUUCUGCCGUUUUUAACAAAUCCCAACACGGGAGACAUGUAUACUCCAGAGGAGUUUGGAAAGUACUGUGAGGAUAUUGUAAACACAGCUGCGUGGGGAGGUCAGCUGGAGCUAAGAGCGCUGUCUCAUAUUUUACAAACGCCGAUUGAGAUAAUACAGGCUGAUUCUCCCCCGAUUGUGGUUGGUGAAGAAUAUACCAAAAAGCCAUUGAUGCUUGUAUACAUGAGGCAUGCAUAUGGCCUAGGAGAACAUUACAAUUCUGUUACACGGCUGGUGAGCACAGCUACUGAGAGUUGCAGCUAGUUUGGAAACUGUUGCACGAUUAUGUUUUAGCACAGUGUGCUGAUGGGAGCCUUCACACCAAGGCUGGAUUAUUGGAAAACGUUACUGAAAAGUGGAACUACCUUAAAUCAAUUUUAUGGCAACACUUGCUAACAGGUUUUUAAAAAAAUAUGUCAGAAAAACUCUAAAGUGUCCUUUAGUGAUAUUUAAAAAAAAACUUUUCCAGUCCUUUGUGGUGAAUGUCCUUCAUAAACCAAGAUGGUACCUUAAUUCAAUGAUUUUCUUUUUUUAAUCAGUAUAAGUUUCUGAUCAUUUUGUUCUGUAUUAAAAUAAAGUUGAAAUGUCUUUUCCUUCUCAUUACUUUCCGUGACCAAUAUAAUUUUUUUUUAAGAAAUAAAAUGACUCAGUCUCUUUAUCAUUGCAAUAAUGUUAUAGUGAUGGCAAAUUUAAUUAAUGCUUAGAAAAGGAACUUGAUUACAAUUUCCUUAGUAUUGACAGGAUUAAAGGCCUGAAGCUUUUAAAAUAACUCCAUUGAAUUACAGUUUAGAAACUUGCUUCAAUAGGUUAGAAUUUUAAAUAUUCAGAUGGGAUCAGCUGUUAGAUUUUUUAAAAAGACUUAUUGAAAGGCAAAUGGGUCUUCCUUGUCUGAUUUAAGCCUCUAAGGAAUUUCACAUUAUUCUUUGUGUGUAAUUUUUAAAAAGACCCAAUAGAUUACUAUCUUUGUAAUUCCUUUGUUAUUACUUGCUUUUUUUUUUUUCCUUUUCUGUUUUUGGUUUUUGGGGCUUACUCCUGGCUUUUGACUGGAGGGAGCGAUAGCACAGCAGAUAGGGCCUUUGCCUUGCACGAUGUUGAACCAGGUUCUGUUCCUCUGUCCCUCUCAGAGAGCCCAGCAAGCUACUGAGAGUACAGCAGAGCCUGGCAAACUCCCCGUGGCAUAUUUGAUAUGCCAAAAACAGUAACAAGUCUCACGAUGGAGACGUUACUGGUGCCCACUUGAGCAAAUCGAUGAGCAAUGGGAUGACAGUGAUACAGUGAUACUCCUGGCUUUAUGCUCAGGGAUCACUCCUGGCAGGCUCGGAGGCCCUGUGGGUUGCUGAAGUCCAACCCAGGUCAGCCACAUACAAGGCAUCCCUGCUCUGCUAUCCAGCCUCCUUCAUGGUUUCUUAAACUUAAGACUGGAAAAAUUUUCUUGACUAUCCUUACAAGUUUUCCGGUAUGCUUGUGUUUUCUCUAACGCUUCUCGGCCACUUUGCUUCCAUCGCAACUUUUCCAUUAAGACGGUUGAUGUCUGUCUUAGCCUGUGAUUCGUACAGGUUGAAGAAGUAGUGAUGGAAAACGGUUCCUGGCCAGAUUCACUUCAAAUUCUUCCUCUGUUUCUAUCCUUUCUCUCACCUUCUGUUUUAGAAUUUUUUUCUAGGAUUAGAAGGAUGUUAUUUGUUAUUUUCUUAAUGCCCUCUUUCCUGUAAUUUAGGUAUUUGGGAAUUGUUCUGUUGCAUGUAUGAGUAUAGUUGAAAGCUAGAUGUCUGGGAGCUAAGACCAUUGUGAAACUCAGUAUACGGUAGUUUUUUUUUUUUUAUUAGCAUGUGUGUUUUAUUAUUAGCAUGAAUGUUUUAUUGAGCUCAGAUUUCAGGUUACCCCUACCAGUAUUCUUCCAAGAUACUGCCCAUGUACAGAUGACAAUUUAUUCUCUAAGGAAGGCUUUUUGUUGUUGUUUUGGGUCAUACCUGGCUCUCUGCUCAUAUCAGGCUCGGCACUGAGUCUGGCUCUCUUGGUCCUGAGAGAAUUUGUCAGAUCUUAUUCCCACUGCGAAGCACUCAGUCUGUUGAGUGAGUAGGAAGUGUUAUGAAAACGAGAUCUUUCAGUUUGAGAUUUUUCUUUCCAAGUCAGAAAUAUAAAUAACUAUAUGAAGUUUGUCAUACUUGAAGUUUUAUUCCCUGAAAUGCAGUUCAUUUGGGGAUUUGGUUUUUUGCUUUGGUUUGGCUUUUGGAUGACAUCCAGUGAUGCUCAGGGCUUACCCCUGGCUCUACGCUCUAGGGUCACGCCUCGGGGGGCUCAGGGACCUUACGGGAUGCUGAGGAUUGAGCCCAGGUCACCCGCACGCAGGGCAAGCGCCCUGCCUGCCGUGCUGUCCCUCUGGCCCCAAGAAAUGCAGCUAAUUUUUGUAAGCAAAGAUUGAGUUUAAUCUGUUGAAGAUGGGGGAAUGUUUUUGCCAUGGACCUAGCAGAGAGCGGUGUGGGGAACUAGUCGAGAGCUAGUACUGCACUGAAGGUGCCCUAACGCCAGAGACCCAAACGUGGACCUCAGUUCCAGUUCAGCAGGUACUUGGCUUGAUUCUUCAACAUUCUAGUCUUUAGACCCACGCCCCGCCAGGGACCACUGAGCACAGAGCCAGGUGUCGCCCAGAAACAAAGCAAAAGAUCAAAAUCCGUUUUCCUGUAGGCAAAAUAUAUUACUAACUUUGUCUCUUUUUAGAUCCAUAAUCUCACUUUUUUUUGGAGGGUUCGGGGAGGGAAGUGGUUUGAUUUUUAUAAAAGAAUGAAAUUAUGAAAUACUAACCAACACGUUGGCAUUAUUUUGGCAUUAUUUUGAAGUAAACUUACCUCAAGGCUAAAUGAUCAACAGUAAGUAGUAAGGCAGUAUAUUGUGAAACUUAGUUAUUAUAAAUUCCAUCUAUGUUUAAAAUAUUCUAAAAUAAUUUAUUGGUAGCUGUUUAUUAUUAUUAUUAUUAUUAUUUUUAUCCCCUAACAGGCUGAGUGGGAUUUUGUGAUUAUAGGUUUUAAAACUUUUUUAUUACUUUUUAUUUUUAAGUGAUCAUUAUAGUUAGGAAGUUUAUGUGAUCAGCUUCUGUUCUUUCAUGAAACAUCAGAUAAAAAUCAUUUUAGCUAGCUCUUAAUUUUGAGGUCUUUUAAAAAAUGGCAGAUGUUAUUUUAAAGCAGUCUGUUCUAAUUUAGUAUUUCUGUUGAUGGCCUAAUGAAAGUUUUAUAAGCUUUCUUUUUCCCUAACUCAGAAACUAUUUGUCAGAGUUCUGGAAUAUGACAUUAAUUUUAGCCAUUUAAAUAUGUUUACAACCUGUUAAAGCAAAAGGAAUGUGUAUGUGACUUGUAGUAAGCAAUAUAGCUUUGCUCAUAUCUGAUAUUUGCCAAAAGAUUAAAACAAAAUUGAUGAAAUCA